AUGCCGGUCUCUUCUCCAUAUCCCUCGAUCAGGAUCCCUAAUGUGGACCUCUGGACAUUUCUCUUCGAACGAGGAGACAGACAGUUCCCGAAUGACAAGGUUAUCUACAACGACGCCCAAACCCGCAGACGUUAUAACUAUCAAGACUUGGAAGAUGGAACAAAGGCAUUUGGCAGGGGCCUGAUGGCUGUCUACGACUGGCGCAAGGGAGAUGUGCUCGCCUUAUACACCCCCAACAGUAUUGAUACCCCGAUCAUCAUGUGGGGUACUCAUUGGGCCGGCGGUGUGAUAUCUCCGGCGAACCCAGCGUAUACGGUCCGGGAGCUCGCCUCUCAGUUGAAGAGUUCCGGCGCGAAAGCUCUGGUCACCCAACUUCCAUAUCUAAAAAAUGCCAAAGCAGCCGCCAAGCAGGCGGGGAUCCCUGAGUCGCAUAUCAUCAUUAUCGGUGACCAACACGAUCCAGAAAGCAAAGUCAAGCAUUUCACCUCUCUUUUUAACAUCUCCGGCACAACUCAGUUCCACAAGGCCAAGGUCAACCCGGAAAAAGACCUGGCUUUCCUCGUCUACUCAUCAGGAACCACGGGUAUGCCUAAGGGAGUCAUGUUGUCGCAUAGAAAUAUUGUCGCCAACGUCUUACAGCUAGACGUGGGAGAAGGUGGCAAAAAGACUUGGAAUGGUGGCCCUGAUGGCAAGGGGGACAGAAUUCUGGCUUUCCUCCCCUUUUUCCAUAUCUACGGUUUGACUUGCCUCAUCCACCAAGCUCUGUAUCAAGGAUACGAACUUUAUGUCAUGGAGCGAUUCGAUCUUGAGAAAUGGUGCUCUUAUGUGCAGAACUACCGGAUCACAUUUUGCUACGUCGUGCCUCCUGUUCUCCUGCUGUUGAGCAAAGCCCCAGUGGUCGAAAAGUACGAUCUCUCUAGCCUGCGCAUGAUGAACUCAGGAGCUUCUCCUCUGACGACCGAGCUCGUGGAGGCAGUGUAUGCCCGUAUCAAUGUAGGGGUUAAACAAGGCUACGGCCUGAGUGAGACCAGCCCUACGACCCACACCCAGACAUGGGAGGAGUGGCGUACGAGUAUCGGAUCCGUGGGCAAGAUGAUGCCGAACAUGGAGGCUAAGUAUAUGACUUUACCCGAAGACGGCUCAGACGCUCACGAGGUGCCUACCGGAGAGGUUGGUGAGCUCUACCUACGUGGUCCUAAUAUUUUCAUUGGGUACCAUCAGAAUCCAACAGCAACAGCCGAAGCUCUCUCCUCCGAUGGUUGGUUCCGUACGGGCGACGUGGGCUACCAGGACAAGAACAUGAACUUUUAUAUCACAGACCGUGUCAAGGAGCUUAUCAAAUACAAGGGCUUCCAGGUCGCACCUGCAGAGCUCGAGGGUAUUCUUACCGACCAUGAAGCCGUCAAUGAUGUCGCCGUCGUCGGAUUCGAGAGUAAGUCUCAAGGAACCGAGGUUCCUGUGGCCUUCAUUGUGCGGUGUGCCAAGAGCCAGGCAUCCGGCGUCAGUUCUGAGCAGGAGGCUAUCAAUAUUCUGAAGUGGUUUGACGGCAAGGUUGCACCCUACAAGAAGCUGCGUGGCGGCGUGCGCUUUGUCGAUCAGAUCCCCAAGAGUGCUACCGGCAAAAUCUUGCGCAGGGCUUUGAAGACUCAGCUGAAGGAAGAGGCAGCUGCUCCUGCAGCCAAGUUGUAA